CUGCAUAUGGCAACUUUUAACACCCCUUUGUCUUCUCGUUCUCUAACUUCCCCUGUUAAUCACUGAUCAUAUGACCUCAUCUACAAGUCGUUUCCAGGGCAACCCUGGUCUCAUCCUUCAGAAAUAUUCUCUUUUGUCCUAUCCUCUUUCUUUCUUUCUAUCUAUCUAUAUCUAUCUCUCCCUCCUUUCUUCUCUGCAACUUAAAAUUAAUUUGCUUCCACUUUCCCAGGUCUGACCAAGGCUUUUUGACUUGAAGCAGUAACUCUGUUUCUUUCUCCACAGAUGCUGCCUGACCUGUUGUGUGUAUUUUUUUUUAAUUUUGUCCUCCAUCGUAUUUACUUCCACUACCACCCCUGGCAGUGCAUUCCAGGCACCCACCACUUUUUUAAAGAAAAAUUUGUCCAACCCAUCUCCUUUGAACUUGCCCCCUCUCACCUGACUGUGUCAGCUAUUGAGUGACCUGACAACCUCAUCACCAACCUAUCAGUGGCAGAUGGAUCUCUUUGCAAUAUAUUGGUGGAAGUGACCACCACAGUGAUUGUGGAGAGAAGAACCUAUCACUACUGAGGACACCCUCACAACAUCCCAAGCGGAGAUGGCAGCUCAAAACUUGGCAUCUGAGGCAUUGUGGGCCAAAGUACACCACGCAUUCAGUUGAGGGCCUGGUCUAUGCCACCCUGCACCUUUAUCCUGGUUCGACGCAGAAUGCAGAAGGACAUGCUGGGAGCAGUACCAGGCAUAUCUAAAAAUGAGGUGCCACCCUAGUGAAGCUGUGAUUCAGAACUCUGCAUGCUAAACAGCAACCUGAGCAGUUGGUUGUAAGAUCGAAGCUAUUCAGUCCCAUAACAUCUAGUUGUGAAUAGCUUUUGUCAAUCAAAGAGCUAAGAGAAGGAUGAGGUACAUUUCCCCCCUUAAUGAUGACAGGAUCCAGCAUGAAUGCUAAAGAAAAAGCUGAAGCAUUCAUGACCAUGUUCCGUUAGAAGUGCUGAAUGGAUCAGCCAUCUUGUCAUUCUCCUGAGAUCUUGCCAUCACAGAAGCCAGUCUCCAGCUUUGUUUCUUGAUAUGUGGAAUUAAUCAACUGAGAGCACUGGAUUUUGCAAAUGCUAUAAUUACAAAACAACAUCCUAAGUUGUGGUACUGAGGUCCUGCAUUCCAGAACUAGCUAUGCCUCUAACCAAGGUGUUCCAGUAAAGAUACAAUUGUUACAGUGUGGAAAAUUUGUCAUCAUAAGCAAGAAUUCUUACACAUUGCUCUCUGGCUUCGCAUGGUGAUUCAACGAUAAUCGACUUGUGGAACAGCUACAACGAUCUGAAGUCUCAGGAACACCCAAUGACAACCUUAUGCCUCAUACCUACAAUCAUCAGCUGCAACACCGGGCAGGUAGAGGAGAAAAUUCACGAAUUGAUGCAAUGUACCAGGUCGUGCCAGGAAGUCUGCCUGCUGCUCGGGGAAAAAAAUCCAAAGAAGCCAAACCAUUAAUCUGUUCUGUUUUGCUUGGUGUAUUGCUGAUAGUUGCAGCUGUAGUUGCAUGGUGCUAUUAUUCAGCAUCACUGAAAAAAUUAAAUUCUUUUAAAGUAGAAGAAUUGGAGCUCUAUAAGGAUGGAUUUGUCAUCAAGAAGACUGGCAGUUUGGUUUUAUUUGAAAUGGGCUUCAAAUCUGCUCCUAUUGACCUUGAGUCGUGUUUUCAAGAUGAGACUGGAGUUUGGCUAAAUUGCACACAGUCUGAUAAAGAAGAAGUGGAUUUAUUUAUUGAAACCUUUAAGCCCAAAGAUGCAAUAACUUGCUACAACAUCAAGUGGAGUACAGUGGUACUGGACUCUGCUGUUGAACACUGCAUGUAUUGGGCAGGUGGAUAUUGGUAUGGAGGAGCCGAGACUAGUUCACAACACUGGCCUAUUAAGCUCUCAGGUGUAGUAGAUCCGAAGCCAUAUGUAACAGGUGAUGCGCAUUCAUUGCGUGAAGGCUUUGGUGGAAUUCUAGAAAGAUACUGGGUCUCGGAUAAAUCCGUAGCCAUUCGGGUUAAUGAUUCAGUCCCUCUGCACGUUGGUUGGAACAGCUCAAAUAGAGAAGCAUUUUGUUUGCAUGCCACAUACAAAAAUUCUCAAUUUAAACCACCAAAAGGACAACAACCAUUUGUAGAGCUAAGUUAUCAAGUCUGUGUUGGUUCUGAUUUGAAAAUUGUCCACCGAUACAUGGCCAAAAAACAUUUCAAAAAGCCAGAAAUUACACCUUCAGAAAGUAUGUUCAUGUAUCCUAUCUGGUCUACCUGGGCCUUGUACAAAACCGAAGUUAACCAGGAUAAGGUGUUGCAUUAUACAGAAAAAAUUAAGAAAUAUCAAUUCAACUGCAGUCAUAUUGAAAUAGAUGACCGAUACUCCAGUAGUUAUGGUGAAUUUGAAUUUGAUUCGGUGAAGUUUCCCAAUGCUUUGGAACUGGUGCAGAAGCUAAGGGAAGAUGGAUUCCAGGUGACGUUGUGGGUCCAUCCCUUUGUUAACUACAAUUCAUCAAGUUUUGUCAAGGGCAUAGAAAGUUCCUAUUUCGUGAUGGAUCGCAGUGGGAGACUUCCUGGUCUCGUGGAAUGGUGGAAUGGGAUUGCAGCAGUUUUGGACUUCACCAAUCCUGAGACGAAAAAUUGGUUUCAGAAAAGAUUGGAGCACUUGAGAUCAAAGUAUGGGAUUGUGUCUUUUAAAUUUGAUGCAGGAGAGACCAGUUAUCUUCCUGUAGACUUUAGCACUCAGAAACCUUUGUCUGAUCCUAGCAUAUAUAGUAAACUGUAUGCAGAAGUUGCAGCUUCACACUGCAAACUGGGUGAAGUGAGGAUAGGAUAUAGGACCCAGAUGCUUCCUUGUUUUGUUCGUAUGAUUGACCGUGAUUCUGUUUGGGGUUAUGAGCUUGGUUUGAAGUCUCUGAUUCCUACAGCCCUCACCAUGAGCAUUUUGGGAUACCCUUUCAUAUUACCUGAUAUGAUAGGAGGAAAUGUUUAUCCAAAUAAAACUGAUGGGUCUGAUGAGAUUCCAGACAGAGAGCUUUAUAUACGCUGGCUUGAAUUAUCAGCUUUUCUUCCAGCCAUGCAAUUUUCCAUCCCUCCUUGGCAAUAUGAUGCUGAGGUUUUGAAGAUUGCAUCUAAAUUUACCCAGCUCCGAGAGAGAGUAGUUGGGCCUCUUAUAUUCCGACUAGCAGAGGAAGCCACUAAAACAGGUAAUCCGAUCAUCAGGCCCCUAUGGUGGAUAGCUCCUGAUAACAAAAUGGCACACAAGAUAGAUACACAGUUUAUGAUAGGAGAUGAUCUUAUGGUAGCCCCCAUUCUAGAAAAAGGUAAACAAGCAAGAGAUAUCUUUCUUCCAGAUGGAAAAUGGCAAAGCUUCAAUGGAAACAUUUUUGAUAAUACACCAAGACUCUUAGCAGAUUAUCCGGUUAGUCUUGACGAAGUGGCCUAUUUUACCAGAAUGAUUUAAAUUUUCUGUUUAAUUUGGGCUAAUUUAGAUAUUCAGUUACAAUGUUUUUUUCUAGCAAAUGCAUUUUAGAUCCACUGCUUGCAUCUGUGUUCAGAUAAUAUGUAACUUCAGGGUUAUUCACAACCAUGUGCUAAUAUUUUGCUUGGUCUAUCUUAACUGUGAAGUUAUAUAUAUCUGAUAACCCUAGUACUUGGCGUUUUUAAUAUUUUUUCCCUAACUGAACCAAUUUUUUUUAGCAGAACACUUCAUAAAGAAAGUAGCAUAAUGGGUCAUUUUAAAACUAAAACUGGCAUCCAUAUACUGUUAAGAAUCAUAUGGCUGCUAGUGUGAUAAUGCGAAUUUUUAAAAGAAACUAGGGUUCUUAUUCUAUUGAUUUAUUGCAAGGAAUCCUGAAUCUUCACUUUUUUAAAAAAAAGAACAAAGGAUCAAAUAUUAUGUAUUUAAAUAAGUUGAACAAGGUUAGAGGCAGUUAAGUCAAAAUUUGGCACAGAAUAGAAUCAAGGUAAGUUAUGAAGGAAUAUGCAGGAGUUACAGAAAUAGAAAGAUUUGUGAAAUGGUAAAAUGUGUGGCAAAUGUAGUUCAAUGUAUUUAUAUUUAAAGCAAUACUCUUAGGGAAAGAUUGGUAAAACUUUCUGUGUUGAAAGAUAUCUUGUAAAUUCACUUUCAAAAGAUCUUAUUGUAAAAGUGGGGGAGAGAAAGUUGACAUGAAAUUCUGGGUUGUAAAUUUGGAAAUUGAAAACAAGUGAAUCUAAGCAAAACGUUGGUUGUCUAAAUGGAGGUACUCUAAAAUUCUUGGAUUCUGAUCUAAACUUCAUUGGGAUGAUAGGAAGGGUAUAAUUGCAAGUAUAGAAAAACUAGAUCUUUAUUCACUGAUAUAAAGCAUUUAUAGAGGAAUCCAUUCCAUGUGUUAAAUCCUGGAAGGUUUAAGAAUAAAUGAAAAAUUAUACAUGUUGGUUGCUAAAUCAGUAACAGAAGUAUAUGUGGUUUCAGAAUAAGAAAUGGAAGUUAGAGGAAUUAUUUUUACACAAAACUAAUGGAAAAUAUUUACAGUGGAUUGAAUGGCCUCCCUGGAUUUUCAAUAAGAACAUAAGAAAUAGGUCAUUCAGCUGCUCAUGCUUACUCUGCCAUUCAUUAAGAUCACACCUGAUCUUUUACCUCAGCCACACUUUACUGCCUUCACCCCAUAUCCAUUGAUUCCAUAACAUCUAAAAAUUUGUCAACCUCUGUCUUGAAAAUACUCACCAAUGGAGUCUCCACAGCUCUCUUGGGUAGAGAAUGGUACAGCUUCACUACCCUCUUAGUAAAGAAAUUCCUUCUCCUCUUCAUCUCUGUCCUGAAUGCCUGACCCCUGAUUUUGAGACUGUGAUCCCUGAUACUAAACACCCCAGUAAUAGUUUCACUACAAAAUUAUGCCAGCAGAAUUCCAUGAGUUUUGCAGCAUGCUUGUGGAGUUUGAAAAUUUUUGUUAUCUCUUCCUGGCUGCGCUUGAGCAAAAUAUUGGCUUUCAUCAAAAUAGUUCAGGUACAACUUGCCUUCAUACAGUGCCUUUAAUUUAAUAAAAAUAAAUCCUAGUACGUUUCUCUAGUGCACACUCAAACUAAUUUGACUCCCUUUCAUGCAGGAUCAAUGACCGAAAAGGUCAAUCAAAGAGGUUAAUUAUAAGUCAUAAAGGGAUCGUGAUUCAGGGAAACAAACCACCCAUGGUGUUUAAUUUGAAUUAAUUAGUAAAGAUUUGAUGGUUCAGGAUUCAUUUUUGGCUGGGGGGUUGAAUUAACUGUGGUAACUGAGUUUUAUUGUUUUUUAAAACUUUGAUUUGAUCUAAGCAAUAAACUUUUUUAGUACAUUAAUACAAAUUGAACAACAUUGAAAUAUAAGGAGACAUGAGAGACUGCAGAUGCUGGAAAUCUGGAGCAACACAGUGCUGGAGGAACUCGGCAGGUCAGGCAGCAUCUAUGGAGGGAAAUGAACAGUCGACAUCUUGGGUCGAGACCCUUCAGGUUCAUUUUCCUCCAUGGAUGCUGCCUGACCCACUGAGUUCCUCCAGCAUUUUGCUUGUUGCUUAGAAUUAUAAGGAAUGCAUACUGUAAAGUGUCUGGAAUAGGAUUUUGGUGUCACUCAAAGGCUAUAAUUAAUGUCUUUUCCUACUGUCGAUUAUGGAGUCAACCUUAGGAAUAAACCUGUUACACUGACUUGUAUUAAAAUGUCAAGCGAUUAACAGCUGUGAAAAUAAUCUGUUAUGUGAAAUCCAGUGUUACAGUAAACCAAAGAUCAGUUUGUACAUCUAAAAAGUCUCAAGUUUUUUUUUAAGGAAAAACUGUCAUGAAAGCAAUUAUAUAUACAUUGUGAAAAUUGUGGGGCCAAAUUGCUAUGUGUUGUGAAUGUUGUUAAUAUUUGAUAAGGUGGAUGGAGUUCCAGUCAUUUUGCAUAUUUAAUCAGGAUUUUGAAAUUGUGUUGGGGUGGUAUUUGUUUCCAGAGUUUUGAGAUUUGUGAAUAUUUUUGAACUCCCAUGGUCACCAGUCUCUGUACAUGUUUACCAUGUUUCGUCUUCCUCUCUAAGCUGAUUUGCGAUGGAUAACCAUUUUCUUCCGGUGUGUCAAUCGUGCUGUGGCUGUCAAUUAUCAACAUAUUGGUCACUUUUGGAAUUUUGGAACUCUUCAGUUUCUCUAAGCACUUUCAGUUUCCUCAGCAUUUCAAUGUCAUUUCUGUUACUUCCAUUGAGUUGCAGAAAGCCUGGAUGUUCAAGGAGAUCAGGUUUCUAGAUUACUGCUGAUGGAAUUUGGCCCUCCACUGUUGUUAGCCCAAAUCCUCUGUUUCCGUUUCCGUUUCAGAUAUAAAGCAAACCAUCUGUUGCACCUUUUUGGAGAUGAAGCAUUUCCUUCAGUUUUCUUUCCUAAUUUGUCCAAUUCAACCAGAUUGCUUUGUGAUAUCCCUAUUAGGAUCCCUCUUGGGAUCACAUGGAAGUACAUCCAAGGAUGACACAGUUUUCAAUAUUUCCUCUUUAUGGGUUUCAGUUUGGUUGCUUUGAAACUAAUAAACCAUUCAUUAGUUAUUCCUUACUGAUUGUACACAGUAACUAUGGCUGUACAUUUGAUGCAAGCUCCCAGAUGCAUUUCCAGAUCCCCUCGGAAAUAUGGUUGAUAGGAGUUUGGUUAAUUGGCAAUUUGGUGUGGUGAUUGUACAUGUACAUCUGGUGUUUGAUCAUGGCGAUCUGGUUUUCCAAAUGUUAACUGAAGUCCAGCAAAAACAUGUAUAGGACAGUUCAUGUUAGUUCUACCUGAUCUGAAGUUUCACACCCAUGCCUGCUUUAGAGGAUCUGUGGUAAUAUUGGAGGGAGUAGUUUAUCUUUCUUGAUCUUUCUUUGAGCAUCUUAGAUAGAAUCAUCUUGACUCUUAUCACCCUCUUACAAUUGUAUUUGUGUAAAAGUUCUAAACGAAGUUACGUAAGCCUCUGAUAUCUUCCUCCUCCCAUUGAGAGCUUUUGUGAGAAGUUUAUGACCACCUGAACUUAAUGCAUUGGCUAAAUCGACAAAGACCAUUGCCCACUUCAUGAACUUAUGUUUGGCCCCCAUCGUGAUUUUAUUGUGCCCUGGUGUGGCUGCAAUGAAGCCUUUCUUUUUAGGGGUUGAGGUUUAUUAUUCCACCUGGUCUCUUUACCAUGAAAUUAAUAAAACAGAUAUAACAGUAUGGGCCCAAUGGGAGUUAUCAUAUACUUUUCGAUAUCCUUCAAAGGUUCCUUAGAGUUCUGAUUCCACUGUUGGGAUAUUCAUUCAAGUGAACUACAGAGUGAAGUAUCUCAGGAAGAGUCUCAUCCUUGCAGAUCAACAGCUUCAAGUCAUUGACUUUUGUAUCAUCUUGCCCUGUACCAUUUACCUCUUUCAAUCCUUUGGGAAGCCAUUCAUCCUCUUCCUUAUCAAUGGCUUUUUGUCAGCUUGCUCUGUUCCAUAUGUUCUCUAUAUCAUGCCAUCUAUUUUGCUUUGUUAUCGGCUGUGUUUGGCGCUUUCUGUAUUUAUUCUGUGGAUAAGGGGCACUUAGCCAUAUCUGAGACCCUUAUUAUUUAAAAUGCCAACCUUUUCCUGUUUGUUUCCUAGAAAUAGAAUUGUUUUGUAUGUGGCUUCCUUUGAUGGGUAUCAUAUUUUAUUUUGUGUAUCCUCCCUUUCAGUGAUCUUUGAUUUGCCUCCAUUAUAAUCUAUCACUUGUUCUGUGAUGCUCUCGAGCAAACUACUCUGAAAUCCAGGUCAUUGGUUGCAUGGAAGAGUUCUUUUGCUUGCUUCAGAUCAUUCUUGAUAUUCCUGUGCUGGGGACUUCCUUGCAUCAGGAGUGUUGCACUGUGGUCUGCGCUGUGCCUGAUGGUCUGCAGGAAGUUUAUGAUCACUCUAUGCUGACGUAGGCACAACAUAUGACAUUUAGAAUUUGUUCCAGUUUGGAAGUUAAAUAAUUACUUUUAUUAGCCUACUUGUAGCUUCAUUCAUGAACUAGGAAGGUUCUGUAUUUAUAAAUUGAUAUCAUAGACAUCCAUUUUCCCAUUUAGAAAAGCAGUGGUGUAUAUUAGUUACAACUUUGUUAGACAAACUUGAGUGAUGAGUUAAGUAAUGUUUCACUUGAGUUUAAAUAAAUUAGAGAACACAAAACUUCUGGUUAUGUUGACUCUCUAAAAUGGAUUUGUAUUUGAUUUGGAUUAAGCUACUUUUAGUUCCCUGAUUGACAAAGUCUCAGUCAAAUGUUGUAUAAACUGUUCUGGUGUUUUUACUUGUAACUAUUUUAUAAGAGGUCUAUUGUGAUUUGUAUAUGUGAAUAGUUAUGGAAUUAUCUCCCAAUUCUGCCUGAUUUUGGAUUCCAAUAUUGUUUGUGUUUGAAUAUAUUGUUUCUCUGAAACUGCAUGGACAAGAGUGUAAAGAACAAAAGAUGGUUGCUUAAAUGUACUGUUUCUCAUAGUCAUUUGAAGGUAGUAUUACUGUAGUACUGAACAUUCAUUGCACUGCAAUGACCAAUGAAACUUGUUUUUGUUUUCUUGUUGGGAAUUUGAUUGAAAAGACAACACAAGCUGAAGACUAGCACUUAAAUGCCUUAAGAGCAAAGAUACUUUAAGUAACUUGUAAUAAAAAGCACAAUUCUGAAUGUAUUCUAAAUGUAUAUAUAAUUUUAAUUGCAAGAACAUUUGAGAUCUUCCUGUGAUCGGAAAGCUCACCCUAUUUGAUUAACAUGAUUUGUGGCUGUAAUCUAGGAACAACAAAAAAAAUUAUGCCUCAUUGGUGUCCAUUUUAUAAGAUUUGUCAUUCACGCUAUGUCAUAAAUACCUAAUCCAAAAAUCUGGUCAACCACCUAAACUAGAUGUUGUUCAUUACAAAUGUAAAUAAGAGCCUUUGAUUUGCUGGUCUAGUUUUUGAUGGCCAAAGAGUGACUUGUCAGGCACAUGCUGGGCAAUUGCCUUUUACAAAUAAACUCAUCACACACACUCAUCUGGAAUUGGUAGCAUUAAUGAUGGAAAAAUUUGUCAGCAGUUGCCAUCAUUUCUGCAAAACUGAAAGAAAACUCUAGAAUCCAUAGCAUGUAGUUAAAUACUAAAUUCUGUCAGAUCUAUUUCAUUUCUCCAGACUUUGUGGAUGCCAUCAAUGACUUUUGAUUAUUUUUAAGCACCACAGUAAAUGUAAAAAUCACUAACAAAGUUGAUUCCAUUUCAUUCAACAAGGUUUAAUGUUUUAAUAGUGUUUAAGUUAGUUAUUGCUGCGCAAAUGCUCUGGCCCUGGAAAUAUUUUUGUGGGCUAUCAUUCCUUCAUUCCAUACAUUUUUAAGAACACAAGAUAUUUGAUUCUGUAAUAAAAUGGUUCAGCUUCCCUCUUAAUCCCAUGUAAACAUCCCAAGCUUAUUUUUUUUAAUUAAUUAUAAAUCUGUAGUAGUUACUUUCUGGUUUGUGGUCUGAGGAUUCUUUAAAUUGGCUGCUCAGCCAGCCUGAUAUCACUGAUCCUGGAUGCUACAGAUUCCCGAUUUAUUACAUCAGACUGAAAGUCACAUUGGACAUGGGGAAAUCAACACCAGAGACUUGAAAUCUUCAUGGGCAGCUUUCUUCAAACUCAAAGACAUACUCUCCCUCCAUACGGAUCGCAAACUCCAGGCAACUGUGUUGUUACAGAUGGAUCACUAGUUUAAAGUGCUAGUUUGUGUUUAUGAAUUUUUCACUGAUGUGUAUAUAUAAAAAAAAUAAAGUUUAGUUUAAGUGAAA